UCGUAAACAAUGGGCCAAAGCAACGAGUUGGUUGAAUGUGUAAAACUCCGUUAUAACGGAUUGUAAACACGUCGAAACAAUGUAAAACAAACGCAACACACAGUCGUAACAUGAUUGAUAGAAAUACUGACGAUGAGAAAGAGUAAAAAGUCGUCCCCAGGGAAUUUCAGUGUUGCCAGAUCGAGAAAGGUAACAUCGGAUUCCAAAGUACGACCAUUCACAUCAAAAGGCCCAGGAAGAAAUACUCUUUCAUCAUCAGUUGAUACAAAGCAGUUAAUUACAAGACCUAAAACAUCUCAAGCUCUUCUUCGUAAUCGAACAAGUGAAACAACAGAUAUCGAAGAACAAAAUGUCACUCAAAACGAGAGUCAGAUCAACGAUAAUAGUCGAAAGUUGGAUAAUAUUGAAGCAAAUGUUAAACGGAAUGACAGAUCUUCAUCAAGUAGUGCUAUCCGUCUUCAUGCGCCGAGGGACAGAAGUAUUUCCUUUGGUAGUGGCAGUGACUCCUCAGUGACAGGAAAACGGAGUGAAUAUAGCAAACCCAACAAAGAUUCAAAAGUCAAUAUCAAGCAAAGUAAAUCCUCCAUAAGACCACACACCACUGCUGGCCCAUCAAAUUUUAAUCCAGUUCAACGUAAAGUUGCGUGGCAGUCAGAUAAAGAUCUCAUAGAUACUUUAUCGGAUGAUGAUGAUGAUCCUCGGAACCAGGGGCAGAAAGUGGAAACGCUCAGGGAUAGCUUUCAAUCACCCAUGAUUUCCAUUGAAGACAGCGGCAGUGAAUAUGAAACCGACCUUGAAACAGAACGUCCAACUGCUCCGAAACAAUAUGAUACGUCAGGAAAGUACACAUACCUUAAAGUGUGCAAGCAAGAAGAUGUUCUUCCAGUGUCGUCCUUACAAGCAAAGUUUGAGGAAAAGGUGAUGGAAAUCAAACAUCGAAGCCUUGGAUCAAAGGGAACCCUGCCUCUGGCCAAAUCAUUGUUGAAAAACAUUUAUGUUGAAAAGUUGGACCUGUCUGAUAAUGGCAUUGAGGACAUUGGAGCAUCAUUGAUUGCAUCAAUGCUUGGUGAUAACUGUUAUAUAACACAACUGGAUCUUUCAGAAAAUUCUAUUGGUGCUGAUGGAGGCAUCGUCCUGGCUGAAAUGCUGAUGAGAAACCAAAUUCUUCGCAAGCUAACUUUACGUUCAAAUCAUUUAACUGAUCGAGUUGCAAGACGUUUUGCUGAAUCUCUUCGUGAAAAUAGAACGUUGUGGCAUUUAGAUCUCAGUCAUAAUGAAAUUGGAGAACAGGGAGGCGUGUUUCUUGGAGCAGGCCUGGCAAUAAACUACGGUUUAAAACAUCUUGAUCUUAGCUGGAACUGUCUUCGUGGGAAGGGAGGAGUAGCGCUGGCUCAAGCUAUGAAGACAAAUGACUCGCUUACUACACUGAAUCUUUCGUGGAACGGCGUGUCUUUUCUUGGUUGUGUGGCACUUGGGAAAUUCCUUCGCAGGAACGAAAACUUAAAAGAACUCGAUCUCAGGAACAAUCGGAUUGGUUAUCUUGGCGCUCAAAGAAUCUGUCCUGGAAUUGCUAAAAAUACCUCACUGGAAACUAUCAAGCUUGGGCUCAAUCCACUGGGGGACGAUGGUGUUGUGGCUCUACUAAAGGCCGUUAAAAUUAAUAAGAAUUUGAAAAUUCUUAAUUUGGAGAACAUCCCGGUAUCAUUGAACGCAUUUCGUGAAAUUCAACAGUUGGAGAAAAAUCGUGCAAUUAAAAUCAUCACUGGGGGUCUGGGGAGCUUUAGGAAACCAGAGCAAAUGCCUCAUCAAAUGGCCAUACUGUUGGACUUUAUCAAAGUAAAUCGCCUGCGGUUAGUUGAUUGGUUCUUCCGCUUUGACAAAGACAGGAGUGGCGAUAUUAGUAGAGAAGAAUUUAAGGUUGGCCUAAAAGAAAUUGGAUUGAAGAUGACACAGAAACAAUUGGACACUUUAAUCGAGUAUUUGGACGUUGAUAACAAUGGAAAAAUCGAGUACAGUGAACUCCUGAUUGGUCGGGAUCACACAUUACGGGAGCAGAGGGACUUAAGGAUGGCUCAACAAAAACUGCGCAACGUUGAAGAUAUGAGAGCUCGUUUGCCCACCCUUGCAGGUUUUGAGCCUGAUUAAUGGUAUAAUGAAGGAAGAAUUAUACAAUUCCUUUCUAUGAAGAACCUCAAGAGAGAAUCUGCUGUUGAGUUAUUUACGAAAUAUUUUUCACCAACCAUCCAUUUUGGUCGUGAUGAAUUCGUAAAUGAUGCCGGUCAAAUUUCCACGCGAAAUUUAAUUUUUUUUAUGCUGAAGAUCAUAAUCAUCUUUAGUACGAAAGAGGGAAAUCGUACCAGUCUAAUGAUAAAACUGAAAUUAAGCAGAUUCUUUAAAGGAGAAUUUGAGAAAGAUGUUUUGAAUGGUUUGAAUGGAUUCAUUUCCCCGCACAAAACGGAAUCGAAAAUUUGAAGUGGUGAAAAAACUCAAUCAGCGUGUGAAGUGUCAAAGAAUAUCUUUCAUAUUUUCAAAAAAAUUUGCAUCAGCGUAAUGUUUUGCGUAAAAAAUCAAAUAUGCAAAACUUUAUAUAGCAGCUCUCAGCUCUGAUAUCUCUAUGCAGUGGGAAAGAAUAAGUGCAUCUAGUCAAAAAAACCCGCUGUCCCAAAUAUAUAUAUUUUUUUCUUUUGCUAGAAAUACAAUUGAAAAAGGUCCUAAGAUAAAUUGAAUUGUUUUAAUAAGGGGGCAAAUUUAUUGUAUAGAAUGGAAUUCAUCUUGCAGGUAGCGAUGAACCAAUUGUAAAAAGCUAUUAUACGUCUUGCUAUGCAGAUUUUAAGUUUUAUAAGAUUAUAUAUUAAUUUAAUUUCUCACACAAAGCGGGAUUAAAUAGUUGCUGUAUGCUGGGUACGCUGGUUAUAUAUAUAAGCACGUAGACUAAUACAGUAUCUAAACAAAAGUUACCAUUCAUUCAAAAAAAAAUAUUGUGAUGCGUUGUUUCGUUAUAAUUAUUAAAUUUUAGAUGGGUUAUUUUCUAUAUAAACACCUGCAGCAAAAAUUUUAAUGUCAAAAUGCUGAGAAUAAUCCCACGUAUUGACUAUGAUUCAUUUAUAACUACGAGGGAUGACAAUGUGAUAAGAGUUAAUCCUCAUUUAGAUAAGAAUUCCUUCAAAUAGUCCUUAAUCUAUGUAUGAUAAAAUGAUACGUUCUAUGAUUGAUGGCUGCUGUAUCGAUAUUUUCGUCACAUAUACUCUUUUCAAGUUAUUUUUAUUCAAUCACAUACACCGGCGGUUGUGAACUUUUGUUGGCCUCAAAAUUCCAGAAUAUCUAGUAUCUAAAGUGUAUAAAAAACGCGAUGCAUCAUGCAGUAUAGCAGCGACAAGAAUAAAUUAUAAUAAUGGUAGUGCUCUGUGCUAAUUUGGCAUUAAAUAUUUCCCUUUUUUUCGGGAAUGCCCGCGAAGACAAGUUUUUAACGCGCAAAGAAUGGCAGUAGUGAAAUGAAAAUAUGAACUUGGGAUGGGAAUUUCUUAAAUAUAAUGGGCUAAUUUUCUUUUAACUUUUUUAUUAAUACUGCAUCCCGUGAAUUGCGAAAGAGUACAUAAUUUAUAUGUUCGGUCUUAUUUAUAGUCAUAGAUUUAUAAACUACGUACAUGAACUUUGUAUAUAUUAUAGUUAUGAAUUUCCCAAGUUAUCUAAUUCCCACAAUUCUUUAAAUGCUAUUAAUAUUUACAAUAUACAACAUCGAAAGAUAUUCUCGCGUAUAGACUAUUAUAGUUUGGAGGGGGAAAAAUGCAAAUUAUAAGAGCAGGUAACUCUUACUAAUAUUGUUUUAAAAUGUUUUGUUCUAUGCGCGAUACACAAGCCAAUGAAACGUUAUAAUUAUUUAGUUAAUCACGUAGCCCAGUCUUAGAAAUGUUUCUUUUGUAUAUGCUAUUUGCAUUAGUGAUCGAAUUUUUUAGCAAUACGUAUAUCGAGACAACGAAGACACACACUGAACGUGUCUUCUUUGAUGUUAAAUAAUUCAUUGUAAUUUAAAUUUCACUAAAAUUGA